UUGACUCUGGUGCUGAUCAUCCCAUUAUAGCUAUAAAUAGACAAACACCAAGGAAUUAUUUGAUAGCAUUAUUCAACGAUCUAGCUAGUCUGGAACGACAAGACUUAUGGAAAACUUACGCAAAUCUUGGAUCGAUUGCGCAAUACUGCGAAGGUAAGAUUAAUGAUAAAAGUUAUCAAAGAUCUGUCAUAGAAUUAGAAACUAACUUUACUAUCACCGAAUUUAUUUCACGAAGUAUUAAAUAUAGGGGUCAGGAACCAUUAUCUUCUCAUUUGACAUUUGAAACUUCACGAGGCUCAUUACACCGUAGAUUACGUAAAAAAGAUUUCCCAGAAGAGAUUGUCAAUGACAGUUGUAGUACACCUGAAUUAACCGAUUCCGAUCUGGAAUAG